AUGAAGUCGUUCUCGAGCUCCGUCAUCAAUAAGUCGGGCAAGAAGUUUGCUCCCAAGGCGCCCGCCCGACGCGCCGCUCCAGCCCCUCCCCGAGCACCUUCAAGGCGGCCUAGUAUCGCUUCUCAGGCUUCGGCUUCCCACCCGCCAGCAGCUGCAAGCCAGACAGCAACCCCGGAACCUGCUCCUCCUUCUACUACAUCGGUCGAGCCGCCUGCCCCAUCUGAGCCAACAGUCGCCGGACCCUCAUCUGUUGCUGCGCCGCUCAUCGUUCCAACUGUCGAACAUGUGCCUAAGGAACAACCUGCAACAUCCAUCCCAAUUCCUGUGCCCAAGCGCAAAGCUUCUGUCCCUAUUCCGAUUCCCGUGCCUAUCUCUCGGCCAACGAAGAAUGUUUCGACUGUCCCACAAUCUCCUGUUUCAGCUACCACUACAGCGACCAAUACAGCGGCCGCUGAGCCCGUAGCACCGACAUUAAACAACCGCGAUGAAGCUCGAGAGGUGGCUAAACCAAGCCCAGAUGUCUUCCAGAACCAGGAAGAAUCUGCGCCUUCUCCUGUCGCGGCCAAUGUCCAAGAAAUCGCACCUGAAUUCCGACCAGCAAAGCGCCUAAGGACAACGAUCGAGACUGUCCCAACCACGACGGUAGAUCAGGCGCCCGAACAAUCCGCUCAACUUGUCACAUCCCCGGCUACGCAGACGCCUGCUCUUGAAGAACACGCGGAAAGGCAUGAUGAACCUAUAGUGCCCAGCACAGCUCGGCGGAGUGCAAGCACGGCUAAAAAAGGUGGUCGACGGACGAGCCGGUCUACAAGUAAUGAUGCAGGGAAAGUUAAGAAGGAACGCAAGCGGCGGACGCGCACGCGCGAGCCCACUCCCGAAGGGGCCGAACUGAUUGAGAUUGCACCGUCGGUCGUCAAGAUGUCAGAUCUGUGCAAAGAUACGCGCACCGGAAAGCGAUCCAAGCGUGAAAUGGAGCUCCGCGCCCACGAGUCCGCGGAGGCCGAGCGGAAGAGGGCUCAACAAGAAGAAGGACAGAAAGAUGAGACACCAGCAAAGCAACCUUCGGCUGACGCUGCUCCCAAGGAAGAUCCCACUGAGAACACGCCCAAUAAAGGCUCACAGGCCGGUCCAGUCAUGCGCAUCGUAAAUGGGGAGAUUGUGCUCGAUGCCGCCUCCUUGCAGGUCGAUCGCCAUGCAGACGCAGAGAAAAACGGAGAUGACUUGGAAGAUGUCGUUGAAAACUCACUCACCCGGAAGAUCAAUCAGGCAACUUAUGGAAAGCGCUCGAAGACCGAAUCCUGGGACGAGGACAUGACAGAACUAUUCUAUCGCGGCCUGCGCAUGUUCGGAACCGAUUUCAUGGUGAUUAGCAAGAUGUUUCCUGGGCGAUCUAGGCGUCAAAUCAAGUUGAAGUUCAAUAAUGAAGAGCGACGUGAUCCUCAAAGGAUCAAAGAGACGCUUCUUGGGCCCCGGGAGUCUAUUGACAUCAAGACGUAUUCCGAGAUGACCGAUACAGUGUACGACGAUCCUCGAAUAAUUCAGCAAGAGUUGGAUGAGGAGAAGCAGCGUAUCGAAGAACAGUACGAAAAGGAUAAGAAGGCCCAGGAGGAAUUGCUUCGUAACCCAGAUGGUGUGGCAGGUAAUAACGAUGGCCCUGAUAAAGCAGCCACUAAGAAGCGCAACAAUAAGAAACAGAGUGCGCGAGACCUUGGAGGCGGAACUGAGGAAAUCUUAGGUUCCAUAGAUGAUUAA